AUGACUGACAUGGCUUCGACAUCCGCUGGAGCGCUACGAGCGCUAGCUAUGGAAUUGAAGAACAUCGAGUCCCAGCCACUAGAAGGUUUCACCAUUUCGGCCAGCGAUGACAAUUUAUUCGUCUGGACUGUAGGAAUCUAUGGACCUCCAAAUACGCUAUAUCAGGGAGGAUAUUUUAAAGCUGUGAUACGUUUUCCGCCAAAUUACCCCUACUCACCGCCAUCAAUGAAAUUUCUCACCAAAGUUUGGCAUCCUAAUGUUUAUGAGAAUGGCGAUCUUUGCAUUAGCAUCCUUCAUCCUCCAGUUGACGAUCCACACAGUGGCGAGUUACCUUGCGAAAGGUGGAACCCAACCCAAACGACCAUUUUGCUUUCUGUAAUUUCAUUGCUAAACGAGCCGAACACUUCCUCACCAGCAAAUGUGGACGCCUCCGUUAUGUACCGAAAAUGGAAAGAAGGAACGGAUAUGAAUUAUGCAGAUAUCAUCAAGAAGCAAGUUGAGCUGUCAAAGGAGGAGGCUCGAAAGGAUGGUGUCACUGUUCCGGAAACCCUCGAAGAGUACUGCAUAAAAUUCCAUCCACAAAGUUGCGACGAUCAAACGAUGGAGUUGCUCGAUUUAGGUUGGUUUCAACAAAGCCAUCUUCAACCUUUCAGGCAGUAA